AUGGAAGAUGAAUGUCCGAUCCAUGAUCCAUUCGAUGACUUUUUCGACAUGUCAGACGACAGUGGCACUAAUUCCAACGCUUUGGGAAAUAUGACCACUGGAUCUUCAGAUCUAUUAGAUGAUGAUUGGAGCAGUUGGGAUAAUUUGGAUUCCAUUGUGCCCUCUUCAUCGAAACAAUCCUCACAGCAACCAAACAAAACGACUUCUCAACCCUUAAAACUAAGUCACUCCACAACAGGCACAACAACAGUGAACAAGAUCACGCCAAACACAAGUAACAACAAUUUGUUGGAAGAUGACUUUUUUGCAAAGUAA